UCCCAGAAGCCCUUGCUCUCCCAGAGGCAUUUUCCAAGCCCCGGAUUUCAGGACCCGCGCUUGCUUUUAAAGUCACUUCCGUACCGCCUCUCUCACAUCUUCCAUGCUUCCGGCACCUGUGGCGGGGACCUCGGCCUCUCGUGGCCUCCGCCGUGCCCCCGAGGAGGAGGCGAUGGCCCCCGGAGUGACGGCCCGGCGCGGCCAGGAAUCAGUGAGAUUGCAGGAUGUGACCGUGGAAUUCACCUGGGAGGAGUGGAUGUACUUAAACCCAUCUCAGAAGAAAUUGUACAGGGAGGUGACGCUGGAGAACUAUAGGAAUUUGGCCUCUUUGGGAUUUGCAGUUUCUAAACCAGAUGUGAUUUACCAAUUGGAAAGAAACGAAGAAACUUGGAUGCCAGAGGCAGAUAAUCCAAAACACAGCUAUCCAGGGAGCAAAGAAUUUACUGGAGAAAAAUCUUAUAAAUGUAGUGCAUGUGGGAAGACCUUCAAGAGUAAGACACAACUUACUGUACAUCAGAGUAUUCAUACUGGGAAGAUUCUUUAUACAUGUAAGGAGUGUGGAAAGGCUUUCAUCUACAAUUCAGAACUUAGUCUACAUCAGAGAAUUCAUACUGGAGAGAAACCUUAUGAAUGUAGUGAAUGUGGGAAGGCCUUCAAUAGGAAGUCACAUCUUACUGUACACCAGAGAAUUCAUGUUGGACAGAAAUUUUACAAAUGUAGUAAAUGUGCUAAGACAUUCAGGCACAAGACACAAUUUACUGUACAUCAGAGUAUUCAUAAUGGAAAGAUUCUUUAUGAAUGUAAGGAGUGUGGAAAGGCUUUCAUCUACAAAUCAGAAUUUAUUCUACAUCAGAGAAUUCAUACUGGAGAGAAACCUUAUGAAUGUAGUGAAUGUGGCAAGGCCUUUAAUAGGAAGUCACAUCUUACUGAACAUCAGAGAAUUCAUAGUGGAGAGAAACUUUAUGAAUGUAAUAAAUGUGGGAAAGCCUUCAGGCAUAGGACACAAUUUACUGUGCAUCAGAGUAUUCAUACUGGAAAGAUUCUUUAUGAAUGUAAAGAAUGUGGGAAAGCUUUCAUCUACAACUCGGCACUUAUUUUACAUCAAAGAAGUCAUACUGGAGAGAAACCUUAUGAAUGUACUUUAUGUGAGAAGGCCUUUAGCAGUAAGACACAACUUACAGUGCAUCAAAGUAUUCAUACCGGAGAGAAACCUUAUGAAUGUAGUGAAUGUGGAAAGGCCUUCAGAAAUAAGAAACAACUUACUGUGCAUCUCAGAGUUCAUCCUGGAAAGAUUCUUUAUGAAUGUAAAGAAUGUGGGAAGGCUUUCCACUACAAUUCAGAACUUAUAAAACAUCAAAGAAAUCACAUGCAAGAGAAACCAUAUGAAUGUGGUGAAUGUGGGAAGGCCUUCAGUAGGAAGUCACAUCUUACUGUGCAUCAAAGAAUGCAUACUGGAGAGAAACCAUAUGUAUGUAGUGAAUGUGGGAAGGCCUUUAGGAGGAAAACAUAUCUCAACAUGCAUCAGAGAAUCCAUAAUGGAGAGAAUCCUUAUGGAUGCAAGGAAUGUGGGAAGGCUUUCCCUCUGAAGUCAUAUCUUAGAAAACAUCAAAGAAAUCAUAGAGUAGAGAAACCUUAUGAAUGUGGUGUUUGUAGUAAGGCCUUCAAUAAGAAAUCAUAUCUUACGGUCCAUCAAAGAAUUCAUACUGGAGAGAAACCUUAUCAUUGUAGUGAAUGUGGAAUGGCCUUCAGGAGUAAGGCACAUAUUACUGUGCAUCAGAGCAUUCAUACUGGAGAGAAACAUUUUGAAUGUAAGGAGUGUGGGAAAGGUUUCUUUUACAAUUCAGAACUUAUUACACAUCAAAGAAUUCAUACUGGGGAGAAACCUUAUGAAUGUAGUGUAUGUGGAAAGGCCUUCAAUAAGAAGUCAAAUCUUACCGUGCACCAGAGAAUUCAUAGUGGAGAAACACCUUAUGAAUGUAGUGAAUGCAGGAUGGCUUUUAGGGUUAAGAGACAACUUACUCAGCAUCAAAGAAUGCAUACUGGAGGGAAGCCUUAGGAAUAUAAUUAAUGUGGGAAGGUGUUAGGAGGAAGCCUUAACUCAUUAUGUAUCAGAAUUCAUACUGGUUAGAAUCCUUAUGAAUGGAAAGUAUGUGGGAAAGUCAUUUCUUAGAAAACUUGCAAGAAAUGAUAGAAUAGAGAAAUCUUAUAGAUGUAUUUGUAUAUGAGAGGGCCUUCCACAGAAAGUUAUAUCUUAUUGUGCAUCAGAAAAUUCAUACUGGAGAGAGACCUGGAGAGAAUGUAGUGAAUGUAGAAAAUACAUUAGACAGAGGAUACAACUUUAUGUCCAUUACAGAAUUUAUAUUUGAGAGUUUCCUCAUGAAUGUAAAGUGUGUGAAGAUCACCACAGUUUGGAUUUUAUUAUAUA